AUGACUCACAAAUGCCCAGCAAAGCGAGAAUUUGCCAUUAGGCACUAGUUACUAGUAGGAGAGAGAGGUGUCACUCUGGACUUUUCAAUUUCACAUACAAGGGAAAAAUUGUAGCCAUUGAUUUCUAAUCUCCUAUACACACAAAUAUUUAUUAAAACGUCUGUUUUGAUCCGAUUUUCACUCCUUUUCUCUCUCCGUUCAUCGUUAUCAAGUGUUGAGAAGAAGGGGGCUUUUGUGGGAGAAGAAGGGAUUGGUGUUUAAGUGAUUUUAUGUCGAGAAGUUCUGAUUUGGCUGUUGUUUUUGGGGCUCCAUUGAAGCUCUGUUUUUCUGUUUCUUCUUUUUCCUCUGCUCUCUGCAUGCAAAAAUCCCUCUGCUGUGCACUCCGGCAGAGUACCCACCUCUUUUCUUCAUUGGUUUCGAUGCGUUUGAGGCCCAAAAGGACUUCUUCUGGUGUAGAGAGCUUCGGGGGAUUUCACAUAAAAAGAUUAUUGAAUCUUUUCUUGCUCUUGAGAGGCCCUCUUACUUAAUACUCCUUUAAAAUCUUGGAUUUUCUUAAAUCUUUCAGUGUUUGCUCUGUGGUUUUCUUUAAUUUUCUUUGGAGAUAAUUUUGGGUAAUUUUUGAGGGGUUUUGGAGUGAUUAAAACAUGCCACCAUUAGCAAAUCAAGAAACUUUAAGCAAAAAAUUUAUCAACAUAGCAGAACCCACCAAGCGAAUGAGGAAACUCCGGGUCAUCUGUACUGACCCGGAUGCUACUGAUUCAUCAGACGAUGAAGGAAUCAACGAGAAGAAAGUUAAACGGAUAGUUCAGGAAAUUUUCUUUCCUAUGAAGGAUUCUCAUUGCUUGUCUAAAACCCCUGAAACAGAGAGUUCAGUUCAGGAUAGCAACAAUGGUGAGAGAAACCAGAAGAAGAGGUUUUUAUCCAAAGUCGAGAGCAAGCCCCGAACACGUCCCAAUUUAGGAAAAUACAGAGGCGUUCGACAGCGAAGAUGGGGCAAAUGGGCUGCAGAAAUACGGGAUCCGUUUAAAGGCAGAAGAAUCUGGUUAGGUACUUUCAAUACUGCUGAAGAGGCAUCCCGUGCUUAUGAAAUGAAACGUCUUGAAUUCGAGUCUGUAGCUAAUAGCAUGAACACAGUUGGGAAAAGUUCAAAUGAUUCUAAUAACAAUACUGAAUUUUCUGUGGUGGUUUCCAAGGCUGAUCAGAAACCGAACAAGACCAAUGCUGGUUUGUGCCUCUCCGAGGAAUCUAUAGGAAGCGUGGUUUCACUCACUUCACAUACGUCUCCAUCUUCAGUAAUGAAGUUGGAUUUUAUGGCCUCAUCUUCAGGAAUCAAUGGCAAAAGUAAUGAUCAGACGGCCAAUGAAGUUCGCUUGGAGGCUAAAGUUGAGCAGAAAGUGGCUGACUUGGGACUAGUGGACGAGGAAAUCUUAUCCUUGCCACAAAUUGCUGAGGGAAUGGACUUGGAUUUGGAACUCAAUUCCAUCCCUACAAAUGAUGAAUUCGUGCUCCCAGUGGACGAUUUUAUCAAUGAUUGUGACGACUUUCUAUUUGGUGGAUUGGAGGACUGUGAUCAGCCUAUUGCAUUACCGGAUUUCGAUUUUGACUUCGACUUCGCGUUUAUGGAUGAAGCACCCCUGAUGAAUGGGGCAGCAGUAGCACCCCUCAAUAUAUCAUGCCCAUAAAUUUUGCAGCUAGUAGGAUUAUUACUAUUGUUAAGACUUUGCUAAAUUAUUUUGUUCUUGAAAAUGUUCUAAAUAAGUCUUGGUUUUUCAAUUGAUAGUGUUUGUUUCAUUGUUC